GAAAUAUGCGACUAACAAUUUUUAUUAAUGAAAGAAGGUAAUCAUAAGUGGAUGUCCAAAAAUGACGGAUUAUGAAACCUUAGUGGCCAAUAUGAGAUUCACAUAUAAAAAUAAAUGAAUAAUGUCCAACUUUAGGAGUGUAAGGUUUAAGACAAUGGUGCACUAACUUAAAGAAGAAUGAUGAUAAUAUUAUAUUUGAAUUAAAUAGCACAGAAACGAGAAAUGGAGAAAUAUGAGAAAAAUAAUUUCUAAAAAAUAUGCGAUACAAAACUUGGGAAAAACACAUUGAUAUUAAAAAUAAUGUAUGGAUAUACUUAUAGAUAUACUUCCAUGUGCUUAUACAGUUUUUUACAUUUAAAUAUAUGAAAAUGAUUUCUUCUUAUAACUUGUGUAAAUAACAUGGGAAGCCCGGUGCACAUUCACAUCCCCACAAGGUGAAGGUCCGUGAAGGGUCCCACCACGUACAAAGGUUGAUUAAAGCACAAGCCUUCCCCACUCAAUUCCCAAGGCUUGAACUCGUGACCUUUUAGUCACACAGCAACACCAUAAUCAAUGCGUCAAGGCAUUCUUCUUCAUAUAACUUGUCUAAUAACACAAUAAAAAAUCUACAUGUUCAAAUUUAGAAAUCAUUACAUAUUUGUACAUAAUUAAAUAUUUAAAUAUAAAAUGCAAUACAUUUCUAGCAAUGCAUUGUGUUAUGAAAUGUCAUAAUGUUGCUACAAAGAAAUAUCACAAAAAUUUAUUAAGUUUUUAAUUAAAGACAUUAUUUUCCAUCACAGAUACUCUUAUAUAAUUAUAUAUAAUGUGUUUAUGUAUUAUACUACCUCCGUCCAUUAAAACUUUGUCAUUUUUGAGUUUUCAAGUCAAUUGUGGUAAAGUUUAGACCAUGAUUUGGUUUAUUGGUAUAAUAUUUGGAAAGUUAUAAAUUUCAUACUUUAAUGAAAGUACUUUUGACAAAGAAUAUUUUCAUAUCAUGUUUAUAUUAUACUACCUCUGUCCCAAAAAACUUUGCAAUUUUUAAAACUUUGACUAACCAUAUAUUUUUAUUGAAAAUUAUUUAUAAUAUAAAAUUUAAUUAUAUGAAAAUAUUCUUUGUUAAAAGUACUUUCAUAAAAGUAUAAAAUUUAUAAAUUCCAUAAUAUUAUACUAAUCCAAAUCAUGAUCCAAGUGUUAUGAAAUGGAAAAGUUUUUUUUGAAUGGAUGUAGUAAAUAACUUCCGGUAAUAAUAUAUAAUUGGUCAACGUUGAACUUGGUUGACCAAAAUAUAUAUUCAAAGAUGACAAAGUUUUAAAGGAUAGAGGGUGUAUGUGUAUAUAUACUCUAUAAAAAUUACUCCCUUCAUCCUAAAAUAAUAAUCGUUUUAUUUUCCUUUUCAUGAUGUACCAGAAUAGUUGUCUUAUUUCCUCUUUUGACUCUAAUAUGUACCUCAUAUCGAUCAACACACUUUUAUCUAGGCAUGGACUGGUCCCGGGCCGGGGCGGGCUUUUUGGGUUUGGCUUCGGGCCCGGAACCAACCCGGGUUUCCACCGGGUCCGGGUCCGGCCCGGCCCGGCCCGAUUCCCGGGCUUCUUCAAUUUUUUUUUGCUUUUCAUCUUAUCCCCCGACCCCCCCACCCCACCCCACCCCCAAAAAACACCCAGCCCAACCCGGGAAAAAACAAAAAAAAAUGAAGAAAAAAAAUAGGCCCGAACCGGGCCCGGCCGGGCCGGUUCCUAUUUUGGGUGACCCGAGCCCGCCCUGUGUAACCCAGGGCCGGGCCUACCCGGACCGGUCACCGGGCCGGGCCGGUUCCCAACAGUGCCGGGCCGGGCCGGGCCACGGGCCGGUCGGCCCGGAACCGGUCCAUCACUACUUUUAUCAUACUCAAAUCAUAAGCAUAACUUUACCUUUUUAAUCACUUUGCUAAAACUUAUGAUAAAGCAAACCAGACAAUUACUUAGGGACGGAGGGAGUAAUAUAUUAGCUUAUUGUAUUGUACUGUACACUUUUGGAAACGAUCCCUCAAUAUUUAGUUUCUGGGUCUACAACUACUCGGAGAGUUUCCGUGUUUCAUAGUACCUAACCUAUGAGUCUAUGACAACAAAGAUCGAACCACAUAAAACCAAUUCAAACUAGACUAGUUAGAACACAAAAAUCACAAAAGAAGAGAGAAUAAAUGAUGAUCACUUAGACACUUUACACUUAGCUCGUUGCAUUAUUGGAGAAGCAAAUUUGGCGACCAAUUUUUCGCCAGAUACACAAAAAUCAGCCUGCCCUUGCAAUUGUGGGUGGAUUACUUGUGAUGUGCUCUUAUGAUCAAAUUUUGUAGAGUAGUGUGCAUCUGGCGACCAACUAAGCUCUUUAUAAAUCAUUUGCUUUUGUUAAAUGUUGCAGUAUACCACCCAUAAUCCCUUCUUAAAUUCUACUUCAAUUCUUUUAUACUUUUCUUUUUUUGAGGGAAAAU